CCGCGUUCGUUAACACCUUAAUUUUAUUAAACUACAUAUUUUAAUAUUACAGACCUCUUUCCCAGAUAAAAAUGAAAACAAUAGAUGAACAUAAAAGCUGUUAAGUUAUCUUGCGUGUUAAGAGAAAAUGCCUGAAAAUUUUGAAUUACAUCAGUUUGUGGAUGGUUUUCGUAAAAACGAAACUUCCAAACGUUGGCUUACUCGCAUAAAAUCAAAAUUCAAUUGUCCAUACUUGGGAAUUAUAUUGGCUACGUUGUCUUCUUUAUUCUUUUCACUUUGUUCUGUGAUAGUAAAAGGAUUAGUUGAUAUUAAUCCUAUGGAAUUAGCUUCCUUUAGAUUCAUUGGUGUGUUAUUGCCAGCUAUUCCCAUAGUUGUGUAUACAAAGCAACCUGUGUUUCCAGAAGGUAAAAGGGUCAUAUUACUAUUGCGAUGUUUUAUGGGGACCACAGGACUGAUGCUGAGCUUCUACGCAUUUCGUCAUAUGCCUUUAGCGGAUGCCAGCGUAAUAAUAUUUUCAACGCCAGUAUUUGUAGCCAUAUUUGCCAGAGUUUUUCUUAAAGAGCAUUGUAGUUUGUUUAAUGUCGUUACAAUUGUUUUGACCUUGGUUGGUGUAGUGUUAAUUACUCGUCCCCCUUUUAUAUUUGGCGAUGCUGCACCAUCUCUUGAAGCAGAAAGGUACGAAGGAAAGAAUUAUGAUAUUUGGGGACCAGUUGCAGCUAUUUCGUCUACAUUAUUUGGUGCCAAUGUCUAUAUACUAUUAAGAGCAUUAAAGGGAUUGCAUUUUUCGGUCAUUAUGACAAACUUUGGAGCGUUUGCUUUAAUAUACACAUUAGUUGUGUGUGGCUCCAUUGGAGCCAUAUGCUGGCCUGCUUGUGGACGAGAUAGAUGGCUGGUAGUCAUUUUAGGAAUUUUUAGUUUUCUUGGACAAAUUCUUCUAACACUUUCCUUACAAAUGGAGCAAGCAGGACCUGUAGCCAUAGCUCGUUGCGCCGAUAUUGUAUUUGCAUUCAUAUGGCAAAUGAUAUUUUUUGGGGAGACACCUACGUUCUAUUCGUUGAUGGGAGCAUUAUUAGUAGUGAGUUCUGUUAUCUUAGCAGCUCUUAAAAAGUGGGCUCUCUCUCUACCCCGGGAAUCUACAAUUCGAAAACGACUGCGUUAUUUGAUUUUUGAUUGAAGAGUUUGACACACUAAAUAUAUCUUAAUUAACAAUAUGAUCAUCGACAUUCAAAUAACUAAAUGCAUUGUGGUUUCUUUUUUCUAAUGUAGUUGUUAGUAUUAUAAUCUCAUUACUUUAAUAGCAAAAUAGAUUUAACAUACAUUCCUCUUAAUGCAAAUCAAAGAAAAUUAUAAUACAAAAAAAAAUUAAACCGAUAUUUAUACAUAUAAACAUAUAAAUAUUCUAAAUAAAUUAAAGUACUUUUACCAAUUGUUAAGACUUUUUGUAAGUUGCUCAAAUUAAAAAAAAUCAAAUGCUUAGUAUAAAUAGUUGUAAUUUGUAUUCAUUAAAAUAAAGAAAAUCGGCAUUUAAAUGCAGAAGCCUUGUAUUAAAAUAAAAAUAAAUUGAAAUAACAGAAUAAAAUAAA